CGUUCGAAAUCGGGUGCGUGAAAGUUGCGAAUAUUUUGUGUUUAUUUAUUAAGAUACGCAAACUUUAAGAAAAUUGUUGAAAAAUGAACGAACUUUUUGAAUUAAAAGAUCUCGAUGAAUUACAAAAAUUGCGAGACUUAUACCACCGUGAUUGGCCUCAGAAUUGUGUGGGAUAUUAUUGUUUGGAUAAUUUUUUAAAGUGGAAAAAGAAAGAUGCACAACUGAAAAAUCUAAGAAUCUAUUCGUCAACAAAAGAAGAAGGCCUCUACGUGAUUGUAGAUCGUUAUCAGUUAUUUGUAGGCUCUUUGAAUAAAGACAACUGUGCGAAUUUAAGAGAACUUCUAAUGGACUUAGAUUGGUCGAAAGGUUUUAAAGUCAGUUCAUUUUUGGAAUGUUUCAGACCGGCAGUGUUGAGUACGGUGGAAAGUAAAAAUCUUAACUUAGAAUAUGAUAGUUUGACAUUGAUGUACUAUUUGUCAAAUGCAGAAGCUAAACUGUUGGAUGUAAGCUGCCCCCCAGGAUUUAUUAUAAAACCUCUAUGUUCCACCACUGAUGCUGAUAUUAUUAAUUCCUUGUGGCCCAAUCGCCAUGAUGGUUCAUUGUUUUUGACUAAACGUUUAAUUGAUUGGAAUAUAAAUAUGGGAAUUUAUGUUGAGUCAACAAAUGAAUUGGUUGCCUGGUGUUUACGGCUGCAAGGAGGUUUUUUGGGUGCCUUACAAGUUAAAGAUGAUUACAAACGUUUAGGUUUGGGAGCAGCUGUGGCGCGGGCCACCUCACGUAGUAUAGCCAAUCAGGGAGAUGAUGUUAUGGCUUUGGUUAAUAAGGACAAUCAACCAUCGCGUGGCAUGUUUGAAAAGUUGAAUUUCAAAGUAACAGAUCGUUGUUAUUGGCUGAGAACAUAUCCGCUUAUAGAAAAUUUUAAGUGGCCCGAAAACGAAUAACUGCCAUGUACAAUUUAAUGACUAAUAGUUUUGUUAAAUUAAAAAGACACAUGGAUAUAAUAUAGUAUAGAUAAUAGGAAUAACGUAUGCAAAAUGUGUUAUGUAUUAUCUGCAAUAUAAGUAUUUAAAGAAAAUUUUGAAAAAUAUCAUAACCAUAACUCAAACGAUUUUGAUCAUUCUAGAUCGUCUAUGAAUUUUAUAAGAACCCAGAAAA